AUGGAACCAAACGAUGAAAAGGAGCUUUUGAGGUUACAAAAAGAUAAAAAAGAAGCUGAGCGCAAAAAUAAAUUUCCUGAAGUUGCUCAAAUCUGCAAUGUCAUCGGAGAAUUACUUUGCAAAUAUGGGCAGUUUCAAGAAGCCAUUACUGAACAUGAAAUGGAAUUGUCUAUUAGUGAAACCUACAAGGACACACUGGGUAGUGCCGUGGCCUGUCGUAAGCUUGGUGAAUGUUACUGCGAACUGGGAGACUUCAGUAAGGCAAUCCAACUACAAAAGCGCUAUCUCACUCUGGCUUGCAGCAUUAAAGAUACAGUAGAGGAGCAGCGUGCCUGGGCAACCAUUGGUCGAACGUAUCUCUUUCAGGCAGAGUCAGAAGGUCAAACGGAAACUGGUUGUGAUGCGUCUGAGAAGGCUGAGAAAGCUUUUGUUAAAAGUCUUGAACUCUGUGAAAGAAUUAAGCAGACGUUGAACACCAAGGAGUACAUGGCAAUGAAGUCUAGAAUCUUCCUUAAUUUGGGCAUUGUAUAUUCCUAUAAGAAAAAUUAUAAUGAAUCAAAGGUCUACAUGAAACGCAGCCUGUCUAUUGCCUUGGCCAAUAAUUUGUCUGAGGACCUGUUCCGUGUUCAUUACCUUCUUGCUGACACUUUAUCUGCCAUCAAAGAUAUUACAGCUGCCCAGGAAAGCAUAGAUUCUGCUAUUGCAACAGCCAAGAAAAUAAAAAAGAAACAACUUUUAGCUGAUGCUUGGCUCCUUAAAUUUCAAAUAUGUUUUAAAGCACAGAAUUUCAACACAGCUUGCCAUUGUUUAAAAAUGAUUAAGAAAAUUGGAGCUUCUACUGAUGAACAUAACCUCCUCAAAUUUUACAGGGCUGCCAAGAAAAGUGAAGAGGCACUUAAUCAGGUAUCUGAAGAUAAGGACGAGAGUGUCAGUGGCCAGAUGAAGGUGUAUGAAAUCCUUGCAGAUAAUGCCGCCAACUGCAACCUUUAUGAAUUGGCCAUCAAACAUUAUCAUAAAGUGUUGGAACUUGCAAACCAACUAAAAACCCCACAAUCUGAGUUGGUGCCAAUUUUUAUGUCUUUAGCUCAAACAUAUCAAGAUGACCAUCAAUAUCUGAAAGCAAUUCAUUACUACCAGAAAGAAAUUGAACAUUACAAGUCCAAUCCAGAACAGGCUUGUCGCACGUACCUGAAUAUUGCUAUUAAUCAAGAGAAUGUCAAAAUGAGUUAUGAAGUCAUCAAACUUACUUACCUGAAAGCAUUGCAAUGUGCCCAAGAAGCAAAACACCUCGUGUUAGAACGUCUUACUCUUCGUUCCCUUGUUCAACUUCAAGAAGCACACAAAAAAGAAAGCAAAAAGUACAUAGAGAAACUUAAGCUUGUGGGAGGUAAGAUAAAGUCAUCAAAUGAUUCAGACCAAUCAGAUGAUGAUGACGACGAUGAUGAUGAUACACAUGCUUCAGACAGUUACACUAAUUCUCAAAAUGUCACAGAUGCAGAGGAGCCGGUUGAUAUGUCCGAUCUCACUGACUCGGAAUCAGAAGAAGAGAAAGAAGAAGAAGAAAAAGAUGAACCACAAAAUAAUAUCCCACUGCCCAAAAGACGAACAACUUCUACACGAUUCAAGAUAAAAAAAAAUGAAAAAGGAGAAACUCUACUCCACCGUGCCUGCAUUGAUGGUAAUCUGAAACGUGUAAAAUUACUCUUACAACAGGGUCAUCCCGUAAAUGUCAGGGACCAUUGUGGCUGGCUGCCUUUACACGAAGCUUGUAACCAUGACUUCUAUGAGAUAGCUGAAGUUUUGCUGCAGAAUGGUGCUUAUGUGAAUGACAAAGGUGGAGAGCAGUGCGAAGGGAUGACCCCAUUAAUUGACGCAGCUAAUUGCGGCAAUAUUGAUAUCAUGAGACUUCUUAUAAGCUAUCAAGCUGACAUUUUCAUCAAAGACAGUGAGAACAAUUUUGCCCUUAGUAGUUUGCUACAGUGGAGACGUCGAGCAGGAAAACUUAACCCAGAACUUGAAGAAUCUUAUCAGAAUAUGGUGAAACUCUUGCAAGAAAGAAUGGGCAUUAAAGAUAUUUCUUCUUGGGCUAAAAGCAAAAAUAUAAACCAACACUGUGUUGAAGAUGUCGAACUUUCUUUAACUGCUCCUUCAAAGCGAACAACUAAAAAACGUAAAGAAACAACAAAUGAUGACCUUUCAGCAUUUAUUGAAGAUGACAACUCUGAUUAUUCCUCCGAUUCCGAUGACAAUUCCAUCCGACUCGAGCAAAUAGACAAAGUGGAAGAAGAUAAAUAUGCAGCUGAUGUUUAUAAAAAUACCAUUUCCAAUUUGCACAGUGCCUCCCAUCGUCUAAUGUGCGGGUCGAGUGUACCACAAAUGACAGUCACAAAAACUGGUCCCCAGGGAGCGCUUGUUUUAGAAGAGGAGUAUAUCAAUGAUGAUUGGCUUAUCAAUGACCUACGACCUGCCAAAAGAAAACGCACAAAUUCCUCAUAUUUUGCAAGUGAACCCUGGCAUCAAAGAACCUCAGUGAACAACUCACAGUCGGGUUCUAAAAGGUUACGGACCCUCGCUGUAAUCAGUGAUAAUGAAGACAAUUCCCCAGAAAGUAGUCUCGAUGUUGAUUUACAGAAUUCACAAUCAGAUUGUGAUGAUCUGAGUGCAAGGAAUAAUAACAGCGAAAAUAAUAAUAAUCCUUUAGAGAUACUUCAAACAGAAGUUGUGUCAUCUAACCUAAUAACUGAUUUUUCAACCGAUUUAACUCCUGUCAACACACCCGUACAUUUUCCACAGAUGAACCAGUCAACAAACCUUUCAAUUCCUGCAACAACUGUUACCAAAAUUUUUGUAAGAGUUGGAACUAUUCAAUUCUGUGUACCAUUAUCUGCAAAUGACCAGACAAAUAAUAUUGCUUGGUUGACGCAGGAGACUGCACGUCGUGUUUAUGCUCAGUGCCAACUUAAACCCCUGUUGCUACUAACAACCAAAUCUGGAGCUUUCCUCUGUCCCGAUGAUGAGAUCAGGAUGUUAGUCGAGAACGGCGAAGAGCUAGAAGCUCGAGUCACUUCUUGGGAUCUACCAUCCAUUCAACAGCGAUAUGUUGAAGCAUGCAACACUAAUAAAACAACUGAACGUCCAGAUUUGAAGCUACUGCUGGAACAGGCUGAAGCAUCUGGCUGUGCUAAUUUAAGCAGACUUUCUUUACACCCUUCCAGCCUGCAAUCCGUUUUCAGGGCAUUUAAAUAUCAAAGUAAUCUUUCCAUUCUCAACCUCAGCAGUAAUAAGCUGGCUGACACUGGUUUGCAGAUGUUGGCAAAGAUGCUCGAUACAAUUCCAGGCCUAAUUUCUUUGGAUAUUUCAUGCAAUGGCAUCACUUCAGUUGGCCUCAUGGAAUUGAAGAAGGCUAUAGAACCUACAAAUACACCUUCUCUCAAUCCAGAGUUGGGAUUAAUGGCUUUUUCACAAAAACCAUUGCAGAAGUUGGAACUUUUAAAUUUGAGCUACAACUGCUUAACUGACCAAAGCAGCAAUGUGCUGAUGGGACUUAUUUGUGGCCUCCCAUCUCUCACUCGCUUAAGCCUUGCCUCUUGUAACAUCACACAGGAAUUUUUUGAGAUGGCCUAUCGAUCCCCACCUGCACGAGGUGAACCUCACGACAUGAGAGCUUGUUUUCUGCAGCAUGUUGAUGUGUCUUUCAACAAUCUUGAAUUAGGCGGAAUUCGACUUUUAUUUAAAUGGCUUGAUCCAACACGUCUUGUACAUUUGAAUCUAGCUUGGACAACAAAAAGAUCAAGUCUACCUAACCAAAUUGUUUGUUCUUCUCUCAUGAACUUUUUGCCCUUGUGUGAGCAACCCAAACUGAGGGAACUUUCUUUGGCAGGCUGUGAUCUGAGUUCUGAUGAUGGCAAUCUCAUUGUCAGGCUUCCUUGUUUUGCAGUUAAGUUACGUUCAGUGAAUUUAUCAAACAACCCUUGCUUGGGCCAGAAGGUAUUAUACGAACUGCUUGACAAUGCUACAAGUAAUGGUCAUUGUGCUCUGGAACAUGUGGACAUGAGCCAUUGUGGCAUUACAGCACCACUUCAUUCAAACCUCUUGGAUUCUAUCAGCAGUAAGUUAUCAUCAGAAUUUCCUUUGGUCAAACUACGGUUCUCAUGCCGACAAUUGGACAGUGUUGAUAAAAAAAGUUUACAACAAGUGUGGACUGGACACUGGGGGGAUUUGGGUGUCACUGAUUUCUGGAAAAAUCAAGUGUGCUUAAGUGUCCGCAACAGUGACCACUUAAACCAGAGGUGA